AUGCUCUCCUUCUUAAAAGAUUUGAUUACUACUAAUCCAUUUGUUGAAGAAAUAGAUCUGGAAAACAAAGGAAUAACCUCUCUUGACCCUCAUUCAGUAGAUCUUUUGGGCAGAUUCUCGGAACUUAAGAAAAUUAAUAUUGCAGAUAACCACAUUAGAAAGCUCCCAAAUGAUCUCUCUGCAAUGUAGUAUAUUUAGGAAUUCAACUUGAAUGGUAAUCCAAUUGAUGAUAUUGAAUCAGCAGUUGAUUCACUUCAAACUAUGCCAAACCUUAAAGUUCUAUUCAUAAACUUGCAUGAGGAAGAGUAAGUUGACUACUUGCUGCGUUCUCUAAAUAGUUUGGAGUACUUGAAUGGGUUGGCGGUAGAAAGGGAUGCUCUUUUUAACGAUGAAAAUGAAGAUGAGCAGGAUUAGGAAGGUGCAAGUCCAAGUCAAGAUCAAAUUCUCAAUAAUUAAGAGGAUCAAACUUAAGAGGAUGUAAGCGUUAACAACAACUAAUAGCACCCGCAUUACUAGUUGCAGGUAGACCACGAGGAAGAGUAAUAACCAGAUGUUGUAGUGGAAGAAGCAUAGGAAGAAUAUGAAUCAUCGCAGAGAAUACCAGAAAGUGACUUUAAAGAUUAUUAGCAGCAAUAAGAAGAGUACCAAGAAGAAGAUGAAAAUGAACAGAAUUAUGAAGAAAAUCACGACUAUCCACUUCAAUCAUCUUAUUAGAUGACAAAUGAUGGUGAAUUCUAACAAUUUGACGAUGUCCCUGAAGAGAAUGAACUGAGAGCUUAGGAUCUUGAAAAUAUUGCUAUUCUCUAUGAUUAAAUUAGAGCUAUAAGAAGAAAAAUUGAGCAUAAUAUUGAUAAGAGACUUGCAGAAGAAUUUGAUUAACAUCUUAAGAACAUUAUGUAUGAUCUGAGUGUUAGUCUCUAGGAAUUAUAAGACGAUUAAAGAACAGAUAAAGACAUUAUGAAAAAGAAGAUUAUUUUGUAAACGAAAAAAUCACUCAUUGGAAUGUGCUUCAAAUAAACGAAUUAAAGGCAAUCUAUUUAACCCAAACCUUAAGAUUCAUUGAUCGCAAAAAAGAUAGAAGAACAUGAUAAAAUCAAAGACAACAUAAUAGAGGGUUUGUAAAAAACUGUUCAUUCAUAAGAUGAAGAAAUAGCAGCCUUAAAAAGUUAGAAAGAGACAGCAGAAAUUCUUGAAGCGGCAGAAACUUUGGAAAAAGAGUCAAAUAAAAACGCUUAGAUAAUAGAUCAACUUAAAAAGGAGUUGAAUGAGUAAAAAGAUUACUAUGAAUAGUAGUAAGUAAGUCUUGAAGAAGAGAAUAAGAGGCUUUUAGAAACACUUAUUAGGCACUCUAAAACUAAAGCUAGUAAUAACUCAACGCCUGUUGGAAGUAACAUGGGAAUAUAUCAUUCUCAAAACUUCAAAGAGAGUGUACAAUAGACUUCUCUCCUUAUGAAUUAACAGUAAUAACCCUAGAAUACCACACCUUUCUAAAAUAUUUCACAGAAUCAAUUCAACUAACCUCAAAGAAAUACAUCAAGCUCAGCUUCGCUUUCAUCAAUGAAUAAAAACUUCAAUCAAAGUUAGCAGGUUUAUACCUCCCAGAAUCAAUUUACAGCCAACCAAUAACACUAAGCUAACCAAUUUGUCAGCCAAAACUUUGGAGCAACUUUGAGUCCUACAUCUUAACCUUCUACUAAUCACAAAAUAUUACCAUUAAAGCAACUAAAAGAUAUCAUAAAUGAUAUCUACUAGCAAAAGAUUAAAUACGAUGUCAAAUGUAGAGAAUCAAGAUUACCUAUUGAGACCAUGGAGUAAUACAUGUACACUUACUUGAAUUAGAAAUAUGGCUUAAAAUCUUUGAUUAUUGAAUGGGCAAGCACAAUUAUUCAUGGUGUGAGAACUUAUCUCAAGGACGAUCAUGAAGUGACUCUUUUUGGAAAAAUACUCAAGAAUGAGUGCGAUGAAGAAUUUAGGUUCAUAUAAAUGCAUGUUAAAGACACUUUGGCUAAUUUACUAAAAAUAUUAGUAAGAGAAAAGCAUCACCUUAAGAGUGAAGGAGAGAUUAUUUAAAUCUGUGAGUAAAUCUAGGUAGGAUUUAUUGAGGAUGUGUAUUGGAAGAAAAUUAUCAAUAAGAUGUAUGAUAGUGAAGAUGUAAACACUCUCACCAAUAGAUUCUUAGAAAUAAUUGAUCAAAGAAAGCUUAACAGAAAAGAGAAUAACUUUCAUUCAUCUGUUCCUCUAAGAACAUAGGAAAAGUCAAACACCAGAAAGAUCAGUAGAGAUGAGGAAAUAAAGUAAAGAAGGAAUGUCAAGCAAGUCAGUAAGUUAAUGUAUCAGGAGUUUUUGAAGAUUAUUCUUGACUUCUAGUUACUUGAACAUGAGAAAUUCUUAUCCUGCUUUACAUAAAUAUUCAAGUCAAUUGAUACAGACAGUAAUGGUAUCAUAGAUGAAAAUGAAUUCAGAGACUUAAUCAUUAAAAUGGGUGUGGUCUAAACAAUGGAAGAAGUAGAAUAGUUAUUAUCAAUCAUUGAUCCUCAUAAUAAUAAGCAAAUGACUUAUAGUGAAAUUGUUCAGCUACUCUCAAGUUAGCUUACAUAAAUAAGUGAUGAUAACAUGAGAUAGGUCCCUCUGCUAGAAAAGUUUGUAAAUUAGAUGCUCAUCGCUUAGAAUGCUCAAAAUGAUGAUGUUGAAGGAGGUUAUUGCUAAGAUGGGGCUUAAAUCGAUUUCUAUGGCCAAAAUAAUAUGGAUAACUAGCAAUGGCAAAGAGAUAUCGAGCAACAUUAACAAUAUCAACAUCAAAUGUAAAGGAAUCAGCAGCAACUUAAUUAAGACCUUGAAAUUAUGUGA